UCGUUAUAUAUCCCUCUGUCCACUUAUUCAAUUCCUCGCGUCUGUUUCUUCUCUCUAAUCUCUAAUUUUUUUUUGGUCAAUCUUCUCUCUAACUAACAAAACACAACAAUAAAACCCAACAUUUUCAUACACAGAUACUCAUUACCCGACACCAAGAGGUAAAGAGAAAAGACAUACUUUACAGAUUAUCAUCGCCGUGGUCUGGCGGUAAGAUUUAUAUCCAAAAGCUUCGAUUUUUUUCCUCCAAAAUCUCUCUCUAGUUUCCAAACUGGUAUUCCUAGAGUAUAUAAUCAGCUCGUGGGUUUGUGUAAAGGUCUUAACUUUAUCAUGAAUCUCGAAUCAAUACGCUAUAUUAGAUCGUAAAUUGUUUCUGUCGGUUUCAAGAAACUUUUUUUUUGGCUCUGUAAUGAUAUGACAUUUUCAGGCGAACGAUACUUCACCAGGCAACUUUGUUCGGCUUGAUAAACCGAGAGCUGUAGACGAUCUUUACAUAGGUAAGAGAGGGAAGAUGCGUAGGUGGUUGUGCUGCGUUUGCCACGUCGAAGAGCCUUACCAUUCUCCUGAAAAUGAACACCUGAGUAGUCCUAAGCGCUAUAAUGAUAAGAAACCACAGGCUGCUGUGAAGCCUGAUGUGUUAAAGGAGCCUCCAGCUAUUGAUGUCCCUGCGUUGUCAUUGGAUGAGUUGAAAGAGAAGACUGCUAACUUUGGAUCAAAGGUGUUGAUCGGUGAAGGAUCAUACGGAAGAGCUUACUACGCAACUUUGGAAGAUGGGAAAGCCGUGGCGGUCAAGAAGCUUGAUAACGCAGCUGAGCCUGAAUCGAACUUCGAGUUCUUGACUCAGGUCUCGAGGGUCUCGAAGCUGCGGAAUGAGAAUUUCGUUCAGCUGUUUGGUUACUGUGUUGAAGGGAACCUUCGUGUUCUUGCUUAUGAGUUUGCUACGAUGGGAUCUUUACAUGAUGUUCUACACGGGAGGAAAGGUGUGCAAGGAGCGCAGCCAGGUCCAGCUCUUGAUUGGAUCCAACGGGUGAGAAUAGCAGUUGAUGCGGCUAAGGGACUUGAGUAUUUACAUGAGAAGGUUCAGCCUGCGGUGAUACAUAGAGAUGUUCGGUCUAGCAAUGUGCUUCUCUUUGAAGAGUUUAAAGCCAAGAUUGCUGAUUUUAAUUUGUCGAAUCAGUCUCCUGAUAUGGCUGCUCGUCUUCAUUCUACUAGAGUUUUGGGAACGUUUGGUUACCAUGCACCAGAGUAUGCGAUGACUGGUCAACUGACGCAGAAGAGUGAUGUUUAUAGUUUUGGUGUGGUGCUUUUGGAGCUCUUGACUGGUAGAAAGCCUGUUGAUCAUACGAUGCCUCGUGGCCAACAAAGUCUUGUCACUUGGGCCACUCCAAGGCUGAGUGAAGACAAAGUGAAGCAAUGUGUUGAUCCGAAACUCAAAGGAGAGUAUCCUCCUAAAGCAGUUGCAAAGCUUGCGGCUGUUGCAGCCUUGUGUGUACAAUACGAAUCAGAGUUUAGGCCGAACAUGAGCAUUGUGGUUAAAGCUCUACAACCUUUGUUGAGGUCAUCAACACCAGCAGCUACUCCACCCCAGGAAACUUAAUCCUUCUAUGUAAUAGUGGGAGAUUGGUUUUGUUUUUAUGUGUUGCCAUAUCAUGCAAAUAUAUUCAUACCAAACAAAUAUAUGUGUUGCUGCCUCUUGACAAUUGUGUGGUGGAGUCAUUUGAUUCUUAUAAUUCUAUUUAUUUGUGAUUA